CGGUAAAGUCCUGCGGCCAAUGGGCUUUGCUCGGGAUGCAAAGCAAAUCUCUGAUUGGAUCGUAAGUCACGGCGACCAGGCCGCUGAUUGGCUGGCGUGACAGUUCCGCUGUGCGCCGCAUCAUGUCUUAGUAGGGAGGAGAGUGUGAUGUUGGCAACCGGAGGUCGGACUCGGUGUGAGAGAGGUGAGGGGGAGAAAUGGGGUCAAUGAAUGGGUCACCAUGGACACCGGGCUAUAGGGAGUUCAGCUUACUUGCCCUGCUUGUCCUGAGUAUAACCUGGGCACUGGGUAUAACAUGGGCACUGGGUAUAACAUGGGCACUGGGUAUAACCUGGUAUAACAUGGGCACUGGGUAUAACAUGGGCACUGAGUAUAACCUGGUAUAACAUGGGCACUGGGUAUAACAUGGGCACUGGGUAUAACAUGGUAUAACCUGGGCACUGGGUAUAACAUGGGCACUGGGUAUAACCUGGUAUAACAUGGGCACUGGGUAUAACCUGGUAUAACAUGGGCACUGAGUAUAACCUGGUAUAACAUGGGCACUGGGUAUAACAUGGUAUAACCUGGGCACUGGGUAUAACAUGGGCACUGAGUAUAACAUGGUAUAACCUGGGCACUGGGUAUAACCUGGUAUAACCUGGGCACUGGGUAUAACCUGGUAUAACCUGGGCACUGGGUAUAACAUGGGCAUUGAGUAUAACCUGGGAACUGGGUAUAACCUGGGCACUGGGUAUAACCUGGUAUAACCUGGGCACUGGGUAUAACCUGGGCACUGGGUAUAACAUGGGCACUGGGUAUAACAUGGGCACUGAGUAUAACCUGGUAUAACGUGGGCACUGGGUAUAACAUGGGCAUUGAGUAUAACCUGGGAACUGGGUAUAACAUGGGCACUGGGUAUAACCUGGUAUAACCUGGGCACUGGGUAUAACCUGGGCACUGGGUAUAACAUGGGCACUGGGUAUAACAUGGGCACUGGGUAUAACAUGGGCACUGAGUAUAACAUGGGCACUGGGUAUAACCUGGGCACUGAGUAUAACAUGGUAUAACCUGGGCACUGAGUAUAACCUGGGCACUGAGUAUAACCUGGGCACUGGGUAUAACCUGGGCACUGGGUAUAACCUGGGCACUGAGUAUAACAUGGGCACUGAGUAUAACCUGGGCACUGGGUAUAACCUGGGCACUGAGUAUAACCUGGGCACUGGGUAUAACCUGGUAUAACAUGGGCACUGAGUAUAACAUGGUAUAACCUGGGCACUGAGUAUAACAUGGUAUAACCUGGGCACUGGGUAUAACCUGGGCACUGGGUAUAACCUGGGAACUGGGUAUAACCUGGGAACUGGGUAUAACCUGGGCACUGAGUAUAACCUGGGCACUGGGUAUAACCUGGGCACUGAGUAUAACAUGGUAUAACCUGGGCACUGAGUAUAACCUGGGCACUGGGUAUAACCUGGUAUAACCUGGGCACUGGGUAUAACCUGGGCACUGGGUAUAACCUGGGCACUGGGUAUAACCUGGUAUAACCUGGGCACUGGGUAUAACCUGGGCACUGGGUAUAACUGGGCACUGGGUAUAACAUAGGCACUGAGUAUAACCUGGGCACUGGAGUAUAACAUGGUAUAACCUGGGCACUGGGUAUAACAUGGUAUAACAUGGGCACUGGGUAUAACAUGAUAUAACCUGGGCACUGGGUAUAAUGGUAUAACCUGGGCACUGGGUAUAACCUGGGCACUGGGUAUAACCUGGGCACUGAGUAUAACAUGGGCACUGGGUAUAACAGGGUAUAACAUGGGCACUGAGUAUAACAUGGUAUAACCUGGGCACUGGGUAUAACAUGGUAUAACAUGGGCACUGAGUAUAACCUGGGCACUGGGUAUAACAUGAUAUAACCUGGGCACUGGGUAUAACAUGGGCACUGGGUAUAAUGGUAUAACAUGGGCACUGAGUAUAACCUGGUAUAACCUGGGCACUGGGUAUAACAUGGUAUAACCUGGGCACUGGGUAUAACAUGGUAUAACAUGGGUACUGAGUAUAACCUGGGCACUGAGUAUAACAUGGUAUAACAUGGGCACUGAGUAGAACAUGGUAUAACAUGGGCACUGAGUAUAACAGGGUAUAACAUGGGCGCUGAAUAUAGCCUGAGCACAGAGUAUAACAUGGGCACUGAGUAUAACCAAGUAUAACAUGGGCACUCCAGUACACAGUACUGGAGACCGUAUCUUCAGAAGGAUAUUGAUACCUUAGAGAGGGUUCAGAGAAGGGCUACUAAACUGGUUCAUGGAUUGUGGGAUACAACUUACCAGGAAAGGUUAAAGGAUCUUAACAUGUAUAGCUUGGAGGAAAGACGAGACAGGGGGGAUAUGAUAGAAACAUUUAAAUAUAUAAAAGGAAUCAACACAGUAAAGGAGGAGACUAUAUUUAAAAGAAGAAAAACUACCACAACAAGAGGACAUAGUCUUAAAUUAGAGGGACAAAGGUUUAAAAAUAAUAUCAGUAAGUAUUACUUUACUGAGAGGGUAGUGGAUGCAUGGAAUAGCCUUCCAGCUGAAGUAGUAGAGGUUAACACAGUAAAGGAGUUUAAGCAUGCGUGGGAUAGGCAUAAGGCUAUCCUAACUAUAAGAUAAGACUAGGGACUAAUGAAAGUAUUUAGAAAAUUGGGCAGACUAGAUGGGCCGAAUGGUUCUUAUCUGCCGUCACAUUCUAUGUUUCUAUGUUUCUAUAAAUAUAGCCUGAGCAGUGAGUGUAACACGGGCACUCAGUGUAACACGAGCACAGAGUAUAACCUGGGCACUGAGUAUAACAUGGUAUAACCUGGGCACUGGGUAUAACCUGGGCACUGAGUAUAACAUGGUAUAACCUGGGCACUGGGUAUAACAUGGUAUAACCUGGGAACUGGGUAUAACCUGGGCACUGAGUAUAACAUGGUAUAACCUGGGCACUGGGUAUAACCUGGGCACUGAGUAUAAAAUGGUAUAACCUGGGCACUGGGUAUAACCUGGUAUAACCUGGGCACUGAGUAUAACAUGGUAUAACCUGGGCACUGGGUAUAACCUGGGCACUGAGUAUAACAUGGGCACUGGGUAUAACAGGGUAUAACAUGGGCACUGAGUAUAACCUGGGCACUGAGUAUAACAUGGUAUAAUCUGGGCACUGGGUAUAACAUGGUAUAACAUGGGCACUGAGUAUAACCUGGGCACUGGGUAUAACAUGAUAUAACCUGGGCACUGGGUAUAACAUGGUAUAACAUGGGCACUGGGUAUAAUGGUAUAACAUGGGCACUGGGUAUAAUGGUAUAACAUGGGCACUGAGUAUAACAUGGUAUAACCUGGGCACUGAUUAUAACAUGGGCACUGGGUAUAACAUGGUAUAACAUGGGCACUGAGUAUAAUAUGGUAUAACCUGGGCACUGGGUAUAACCUGGGCACUGAGUAUAACCUGGUAUAGCAUGGGCACUGGGUAUAACCUGGGCACUGAGUAUAACCUGGUAUAACCUGGGCACUGGGUAUAACCUGGGCACUGGGUAUAACAUGGUAUAACCUGGGCACUGGGUAUAACAUGGGUACUGAGUAUAACCUGGGCACUGAGUAUAACAUGGGCACUGAGUAGAACAUGGUAUAACAUGGGCGCUGAAUAUAGCCUGAGCACAGAGUAUAACAUGGGCACUGAGUAUAACCAAGUAUAACAUGGGCACUAAAUAUAGCCUGAGCAGUGAGUGUAACACGGGCACUCAGUGUAACACGAGCACAGAGUAUAGCCUGGGCAUAGAGUAUAACAAGGAAUAACAUGGGCACUGGGUAUAACAUGGGCACUGGGUAUAACAUGGGCACUGAGUAUAACAUGGUAUAACCUGGGCACUGGGUAUAACAUGGGCACUGAGUAUAACAUUGUGUAACAUGGGCACUGGGUAUAACAUUGGCACUGGGUAUAACAGGGAAUAACAUGGGCACUGAGUAUAACAGGGAAUAACAUGGGCACAGAGUAUAGCAGGGAAUAACAUGGGCACUGGUUAUAAAAAGGUAUAACAUGGGCACUAAGUAUAGCCUAAGCACAGAGUAUAACAUGGGCACAGAGUGUAACAUGGGCACUGAAUAUAGCCUGAGCACAGAGUAUAACCAGUUAUAACAUGGGUACUGAGUAUAACCAGGUAUAACAUGGGCACUGAGUAUAGCCUGAGCACAGAGUAUAACCAGUUAUAACAUGGGCACUGAGUAUAGCCUGAGCACAGAGUAUAACCAGGUAUAACAUGGGCACUGAAUAUAGCCUGAGCACAAAAUAUAACCAGGUAUAACAUGGGCACUGAAUAUAGCCUGAGCACACUAUAACCAGGUAUAGCCUGAGCACAGAGUAUAACAUGGGUUUAAUGUGGGCACUGAAUAUAACCGGGUAUAACAUGGGGCACUGAGAACCAGAUAUUACAUGGGGCAAGGAGUAUAACCGGAUAUAACAUGGGACACUGAGAACUGGGUAUAACGUAAACGCAGGCUAUAACAUGGGGCACCCCCGUUCCCCCAAACAAAAUAAAAAAGCAGCCUGCGCAUACUGCUCACAUAUCAGCUAUCAGCUGGAGAGAGCCAAAGCUACUAACCACAUGAGAUGGCCACACAAAGCCCACUUUGCAAAACUUUAAUCUCGCUGUGGAUUAGUGCCACUCAUCCUGAGUAAUAAAUAGAACUAUGGCUGGCUACUGGCACUUGUCAGUACUAGGCUACCUGCACUAUGAGUUUUCCAUUACUUUUAUUUUGAAUAGGUUUAAUUAAUUAAAAACUGGGGAUCAAAUCCUGUCUAUUGUGCCCCUUUUACCAUCAUAUUUGGACUUAUCCAAACCACAGUGACAUGACCGUGCAGCAAUAACCUGCUUUGGCUUUAAGGAAGAUCAGGGUUUGCUCUCUACACUAGAUUUCACUGACCUGAAACUCUACAUAUAAAAAUCACUUCUUUAUUGGCCCUAAAACAUCUGAUGAUAAUGAAUUUUGGUCUUUGUCAUUUUACAAGACGAGAAAUGUGAAAUCCCUGUGCAUGAUUUUGUUUUAUUUUUGAGAAAUGUACAAUACAAGUGUGCCAUAAACAGGGUACAAUAAGCUUACCGAUAAACAUAGUGGUCCGCUAAAUAGUUCAACCUUGAGACUACCCCACUAAUAAGAUUUUCCAUUAUUGAAAUUCAAUUAACUUCCACCAUAAGAUUGGUACCAUCGUCCCCUCCAUAUUUUGGGUAGAAAACAAAACUCCAUUAAUGGAUGUAACCCACAAAUCUUGUUUGUUCCGAUUGUGGAGGGUUCUUCCGGUAUUCCAGAACAAGUGACUGUCUGUGACCCCUUACAUUUGAUGCUUAUUUAUUAAAUGCUAAAUUUUAGCAAACUGUAAUUAAAACCCCACUCCCUCGAGCAUGUAAGCUGAUUGAGUAGGGCCCUCAAUCCCCCUGUUCCUGUGUGUCCAAUUUGUCUGGUUACAACUACAUGUCUGUUUGUCCACCCAUUCUAUAGCGCUGCAAAAUUUGAUGGCGCUUUAUAAAUAACAUAAUAAUAAAAAGGCAGCAUCGAGGCUAAAGUAGCUGGACUAUGGAAAUGUGUGUUUUUGUUUUUUUUGUUUGUUUUUUUUAAAGAAUAUCCAAGCCUAAAUUUUGAUUUCAGUUUGAUACUAUGGGAACUUAUUGUAUAACCUUUGUGCUAUUUUUUUAUUAUAGCUGCAUCACUAUUCAAACGCUAGAAGAAUCAAAUUUCUCUGCCAUUUUUGUUUUUGUCUUUUGUUUCCAAUUGAUUUUUUUUUCUUUGUCUGCCACUGUGACAUUUCUUCCUUAUGUUUCUGCGCUUGUCCUGUCCUAUGUAUGUGAAAAUCUAUUCUGAACUGUCGGAUCAAUAGUUUCCAUAUACUGAAGGGUUGGAAAUCCAAUCACCUCCUCAUCCCCUUGGAAUCAAUGAAUCGUAUCAUAAUGUGCUUCGGUGUUGUAGAUCUUGAGUACUGAGCAGCAUUAUAUUUAAUGAUAUCUGUCUGUAGUUCUUGUAAUAUAACUGGUCCACCUUUUUUAAAUUGGUUUACCCUGCUCAGUGCACGUACAUUUAGAGAAUGCAUGAACACUCUCAAUGGAAAAGCUGUGAUGCCAGCAACAUAGAAGCAUCUUAGUAUUGGUUGCCAAAUUAUGAGAAGAGACAGCUCCAGUAUUCAUUGACACAUCUGUUGAUUAGACCUCUCACAACCCUGUUGUUCUCUAAAAUUAGUACGGAUCCUGUGGUCACUUCUCUUUACUUAAUUACAUAUUCUAGUUUAACUGGACAAGCCAAUAGGUUCCAAUUUGAAUCGGCACAAUUUUCUUAUCAUCUCAGUUGAAAAGGUCCAUUCACAAUAUUUAGGACUAUUUAAAGAUAUAUAUAUAUAUAUACCAUCCCGCCUUUUAUUUUCCUACUGUUUUUUUCUUUUUGUCUCCCUGGCAAACUUUAUUUUUUUUAUUUUUUUUAUUUUUUCCUUUCUUAACUGGUGAUGUAUCGUUUGUGUUUUUUUAUGUAUUUAAUGAAUGUUUAAAAUGACAAUGGUGAAUCUUUUGCUCUUUCUACAGAUUCCGGUGGGGAUCCUAAAGGGCAAUGUUCUGCAUUUGCCUCCAUGUGGUCAGCAUCCCAUUGUGCUAAAAGUCUCUUUUCUGGAUCAUCAUGAAGUUGAAGCAGAGGGUUGUGGUCCUUGCCCUGCUGCUGGUUAUUCUAGUUCUCACAAAACUUCUCCUGCUGGACCGCCUGGAAACGUCAGCUGCCCAAAGGCAGGACCAGCUGUCUUUCCAGAGAAUGAUGUCCAGCUUGAAGCUCACUAUGGACUCCCGGCUAGAGCACACACUCCAAUCCCCAUGGGAGAUUGCAUCACAGUGGGUUGUCCCGCGUGAAGUCUAUCCGGAGGACACUCCAGAAAUGGGAGCAGUUCUUCAUGCUAUGGUUACAAAGAAAAUUGUAAGAGCUGAUGUAGGAUACAAAGGCACACAGCUUAAAGCUUUGCUGGUUCUUGAUGGUGGACAAAAGGUGGUUUUCAAACCCAAGAGGUAAGGACAGUGUUUGUUAUCUUGAGAAAUAGUGUAGAUAUCAAGUGCCAAAAUAGAAGGGAUAUUGCUAGCAAAAAAACCCAGUUACAAUAUAUACCUACUCCCUGGCUUUUAGUAUACUUUCCCUUUUCAAACAUGAAUAAGAGGCAUUGAUGAUUAUUAAAAAGCUUAAAGGGACACUAUGGUCACCAAAACACAUUUAGCCUAAUGAAGUAGUUUAAGUGUAUUGCAUAUGAAGUCUCACUGCUCAAUUCUCUGCCAUUUAGAAGUUAAAGGAACACUAUAGUGUCAGGAACACAAAAAUGUAUUGCUGACACUAUAGUGGUGAAAUAAUUUUGGGUCCCGGCCCCCAUAGCCUCUCUUUGAAAAGGUGAUUUUAUUCACCUUUUUUCCUUGCUCAUCUGUGGCUGAGAUAAUCAAUCUUGAUUAUCUCAGCUAAUCCAAUGACUUAUCAUAGAAAAGAAUUGGGAGGCUAUUGUGCAUGCGCAGCAAAACGCGCACUGCGCAAAUCAACAUCUUCACAUUUAGAUGCAUUGAAUCAGUGCAUCUCUCUGGGGAAUGUUCAGAGUCUCCGGGUUCUGCAUGGAGACCCCUUAACGCCAGUGCUGCACAGUGGAAGCACUUAUAGUGGCCAACUGAGUGACUGCCACUAGAAGUGUUACUAGGCAGUAAUGUGAACAUUUAAAAAUAAAUUUAAAAAAGCCUGCAGGGACAGGCUAUAAAUACCAGAACAAUUACAUUAAGCUGUAGUUGUUCUUGUGACUAUAGGGUUCCUUGAAAGCACUUUUGUUUCUGUUUAUGCAGCCUCUGGCUGUAACACACAAAGCCUGUAUGAAAUAAAUAGUUUCAUUUUCAAUCAGAUCUUAACUUACUUUAUAAGUUUUUAUUUCUUGCUCUGUAAUUUGAACUUUAAUCACACACGAGGUGUGUUAGACCUGCAUGUUCUAACAAGCUAUUGACUGUGCAGAAGCAAAUAAAUUCUAAAUUAAACAGACUCUGUAAUAAAGGAAGUGUAAACAUUAGAUCUCACUUUACAGGAAGUGUUUACAAAAGUAUGACAAGGGCUGUGUAAACAAAGUGAUUUACCUCCUAAAUGGCAGAGAAUUGAGUAUGGACACUGCAAUCUAUGUACCAAAACUGCUUCAUUAAGCUAAAGUUGUUUUUGUGAUCAUAGUGUCCCUUAUAAUAAAUCCUGGUUCCUAUUUCAUAUAUGUGCAGUAUUUCCUGUUCAUGAAUUUGUGUUGCACUAGCUCAUGCAUAUAUAUUUCACCUGCAAUGCUGAUUAAAUUUGAGUAGAGUCCUGUUCAUUACUAAAUUGCAACAGAAAAAAAUUGAAUGAAGUGUCUCAAGUUUAUAUACGUGUCCAUAAAUCACAUUAGUUUUCUGUAUGCAAUUCAGUACGUGUGUAGCACCAAUCACAACAGAUACAUGUCACUCUUUAGACAUGAAAGCACUUAUUCCUGUAGGCAACGCCGGAAAGUCUCUCGCACAGUAGCGUGCUACGCUUGCACCGAGUAGGAAAAUGUAAUUCCUGUUUCUCUGAUUGACAGGGCUUCAAGCAGAACUAGAAGCUCCACUUUUAAAGCCCUGUUUUGUCAAUGUGGAAAAUAAUAAAAUUAUGCGGAAGCAGGGACAGUAUUCUGGCACCUAUAACCACUUCAAUAAGCAGAAUUUAGUUUGGGCCGUGUUUGUUAAAUGAAAAGAUAAGAAAAUGUGUUCUGGUCACAAAUGCAGAAGUACAAUUUGUAUUAAUUUACUAUUGUCUAUAGCAUAGAGUUUUUAUAUAUAUAUAUAUAUAUAUAUAUAUAUAUCGCCAUCAAAUUCCGCAGCGCUUUACAAUGGGUGGACGAACAGACAUGUAGUUGUAACCAGACAAGUUGGAAACAGAGGAGCUUACAUGCUAGAGGGAGUGGGGUAUAGUAACACAAAAAGGUAAGGAUAGUGUUAGACUAAUGACCGUUGCAGGUGGUUACCACAGACCACUUCUCAGUUCCUAUGUUUUCUGGCUGAUGUUUUGGUCACUUUUGAAUGCUGGCGGUGCUUUCACUCUAGUGGUAGCAUGAGACGGAGUGUACAACACACACAAGUGACUCAGGUAGUGCAGCUUAUCCAGGAUGGCACAUCAAUGCGAGCUGUGGCAAGGUUUGCUGUGUCUGUCAGCGUAGUGUCCAGAGCAUGGAGGCGCUACCAGGAGACAGGCCAGUACAUCAGGAGACGUGGAGGAGGCCGUAGGAGGGCAACAACCCAGCAGCAGGACCGCUACCUCCGCCUUUGUGCAAGGAGGAACAGGAAGAGCACUGUCAAAGCCCUGCAAAAUGACCUCCAGCAGGCCACAAAUGUGCAUGUGUCUGCUCAAAUGGUCAGAAACAGACUCCAUGAGGGUGGUAUGAGGGCCCGACGUCCACAGGUGGGGGUUGAGCUUACAGCCCAACACCGUGCAGGACGUUUGGCAUUUGCCAGAGAACACCAAGAUUGGCAAAUUCGCCACUGGCGCCCUGUGCUCUUCACAGAUGAAAGCAAGUUCACACUGAGCACAUGUGACAGACGUGACAGUCUGGAGACGCCGUGGAGAACGUUCUGCUGCCUGCAACAUCCUCCAGCAUGACUGGUUUGGCAGUGGGUCAAUAAUGGUGUGGCAUUUCGUUGGGGGGGCCGCACAGCCCUCCAUGUGCUCGCCAGAGGUAGCCUGACUACCAAUAGGUACCAAAAUGAGAUCCUUAGACCCCUUGUGAGACCAAAUGCUGGUGCGGUUGGCCCUGGGUUCCUCCUAAUGCAAGACAAUGCUAGACCUCAUGUGGCUGGAGUGUGUCAGCAGUUCCUGCAAGACGAAGGCAUUGAUGCUAUGGACUGGCCCAUUCCCCAGACCUGAAUCCAAUUGAGCACAUCUGGGACAUCAUGUCUCGCUCCAUCCACCAACGUCACGUUGCACCACAGACUGUCCAGGAGUUGGCAGAUGCUUUAGUCCAGGUCUGGGAGGAGAUCCCUCAGGAGACCAUCCGCCACCUCAUCAGGAGCAUGCACAGGCGUUGUAGGGAGGUCAUAGAUGCACGUGGAGGCCACACACACUACUGAGCCUCAUUUUGACUUGUUUUAAGGACAUUACAUCAAAGUUGGAUCAGCCUGUAGUGUGUUUUUCCACUUUAAUUUUGAGUUUGAUUCCAAAUCCAGACCUCCAUGGGUUGAAAAAUUUGAUUUCCAAUUUUUAAGUUUUGUGUGAUUUUUGUUGUCAGCACAUUAAACUAUGUAAAAAUGAAGUAUUUCAGAAGAAUAUUUAAUUCAUUCAGAUGAUGUGUUAUUUUUGUGUUCCCUUUAUUUUUUUUGUGCAGUGUCUCCAUACAUACAUACAUACAUACAUACAUACAUACAUACAUACAUACAUACAGUUAUUCACUGGUUGGUGAUUGUGCUUUAGAUAGUGGAUAUGGAAGACAAAAAUAGAGAAAAGGUCCAAUGGUGGAAUAACUGCUACAGUGAGAUAUCACUACACUGAUCAUGAUUGCUUCCAGCAGCUCUAAUGGUAUUGUAGAAAUGCCUCGAUGUUGAGGCAUCGCUGCAAUACCCCCCUCACUACCCUCCCUCCCCAUGUAAUUAUUGAUCGCCGCCAUUCCCCCGACGGCGAUCAGUCUACUUCUUAGGGGGAUUGUCUGGGCUCAGCCCAAAGAGGCCCCCCUCUGCAAUUUAGGCCCCCGAGGGGCCAUGUCACAUCGCCGCAAUAGGUGUCCACAGUGCUGCCAGCAGAGGGACUGCCUGAACUGCCCUGCUGGUGAGAAAAGUAAAAAAAACAAAGUUAAUAAAUUUAAAAAAAAUAUGUGUGUGUAUAUGUCAUGCUGUGUGAAUUUUUAAUUAAUAUAUACAUACACUUAGAGUAACAUUACACGUGUGUGUAUGUAUGUAUAUGUGUGUGUGUGUGUGUGUAUAUAGUAUAAAAAAUAUAAAAUGUAAAAAUUAUUGUAAAAUAUAUGUGAUUUUAUCCUAACUGUAUUUUGAUAUUAAUAUAUGUAUAUCAAAAUACUUAGAAUGACAUUUUUAUAUAUAUAUAUAUAUAUAUAUGUGUGUGUGUAUACAAAUAAAUAAAAAUACGAAAUAUAGAGAUGUCCAUAUACAUAAUUAUUUUCAUAAAUAUACACGUAGACUUCAUGUGUUUGUGUAUAUAUAAAUAACAAGGGCUUGCACUCCUGGUUAAAUUCUUUAUGCCCAGGUCUGGCAAAAUCAUGUAGAUACAGUAGAAAGGACCGCACUCCAAGGUCUAUCACAAAGACCUUGGAAUGCGGUUCGUUCUACUGUGUGUGUGUGUGUAUGUAUAUAUAAUUUAAAUUCUACGUGCAUAUUUAUGUAAUAUUUUUUACAUAAUUUUAUUGAUUGCAAUUUGGGGAACCUGUCUGACAACCAAGGCUGAAAGUCCAGAGAAUUUAAUUUGCUAGCACUAUAUUUAACGCUGUAACUUUCCAAGACACCAUAAAACCUGUACAUGUGAGGGUACUGUUUUACUCGGUAGACUUUGCUGAACACAAAUAAUAGUAUUUCAAAAUAGUAAAACCUAUCACAGCGAUGAUAUUGUCAGUGAAAGUUAAGUUUUUGCAUUUGUCACACACAAAUGCCACUUUCACUGAUGAUAUUGUUGUAAUACAUUUUACGAUUUUAAAUCACUAAUAUUUGUGUUCAGCAAAGUCUCCCGAGUAUAACAGUACCCCUCAUAUACAGGUUUUAUAGUGUUUUUGAAAGUUAUAGGGUCAAAUAUAAGACCAUUUGUUUCACAUAGAAAUUUGCCAGAUUGGUUAUGUUGCCUUUGAGAGCGUAUGGUAGCCCAGGAAUGAGAAUUACCCCCAUGAUGUCAUACCAUUUGCAAAAGAAGACAACCCAAGGUGUUCUAAAUGGGGUUUGUUCGGUCUUUUUUAGUAGUCACUUAGUCACAAACACUGGCCAAAGUUAUCGCUCAUAAUUGUUUUCUGCAUUUUUAACACAUAAACAAAUACAAAUGCUAACUUUGGCCAGUGUUUGUGACUAAGUGGCUAUGAAAAAAGACUGGACAUACCCCAUAUUGAAUACCCUUGGUUGUCUACUUUUCAAAAAUAUAUUGUUUGAUGGGGUAAGUUACAUUGGUCGGCUUCAAAAAUGUCCCUAAUAGGACAUGGGUGCAUGAUGACCAGCUGUGACAGUUCCAAGUUGUAAAACUGGAAUGCACACCCUCCAAAUAAGGUCUUUUAGCCCCCAGAGUAACCGACACACCUAUACAUGGGUGGUGUUACUGUACUCUGCAGAUGUUGCUGAACACAUAUUGGGGUGUUCUUUGGCAGUAACCCAGAGUACAUGUGUUCUUUUUUUUUCAAUAUAUUUUAUUUUUCAAUUUUCAAUGGUCAUGCAAAGAAUAAAAGGGGAUUAAUUUAGGAGGGGAUACACGGAGAGAAAAAAGGGGGGGGGGGAGGGUGACAAUGCAUAUACAAUGUAUCAUAUUCUUACAAAAGUAUCGUUAACAGCUGUACAUAGAAUAAGAUAUUAGCCACAAGUCACCAGCUUCAGGAUAAAUUACAUACAUUAGUAGUUACAUAUACAUGUGUGCCUGAAACGGUCUAAGACACUGAAUUGUUUCCGUACGCCCUAACUGUAAGACCUCUGGGGCGAGGGGAAAGGAAGGGUGGGAGGGUUGGCGAAGUUGAGCUAUGGCAGUGAAAUUUUGUACUGUAUCGUGGUGAAAAGCUGUUACAUUGGGUAGCACUCUUUACCUAGAAGCCCUUGGAAAGUAUCAUGUACAUAAUCUCAAUUACAUCUUGCCGUACCUAUAAUCCACCCAUCUGCGCCACCUUGUUUCAUGUCUGCUCUGCCUCUCAGUGAUGCGACUUGCCAUGCGCUCGUAAUUAUAAAUCGAAUCUAGUCUACCUAAAAUCUCUGAUAGCGUGGGAGCUUGUGUGGAUUUCCACUUUUGGGCAAUCGCUGUUUUAGUUGCCAUGAGGCAGUGGAUCAUUAAGUAGCUUUCAUCUUCAUGGAGGUUGUCUGGGAAGAUGUGUAAUAAAAAACAUUCUGGUGUCGGAGGUACCCCGAUCCCUAGGUUUUUGCAAAAAAGUGUGUGGAUGUCUUGCCAUAAUGAUGUGAUCUGUGUACAAUUCCAAAAUAUAUGGUAAAGGGACCCCUCUUGAUUGUGACAUCUCCAACAUAGUUUGUUCGCUCCUGGGUAUAUGUGGGCCAGUUUGUUGGGGACCAGGUACCAUCGCAUGGUUAGUUUGCAGUACGUUUCCCACUGAUUAAGGCUGUGUGAGGCCUGCUUUGUUAGCUUCUGAGCCCGAUGCCACGUGUUUACUGGGAAAUGUAGUCCCAGGUCCAAUUCCCAGUUUGUCAUAUAGGAGGGUUUUGUUGCCGUGUAUUGUGUAAGAAGUGUAUUGUAGCAGAGGGCUAGUGCUUUCUCUUUGGGAAGCUUCCCCGUACAUUUAUGUACAAAUGGUGAUAUGAGAUUAGACUCUUUCAAGAUAAUCCUGCUUUCCUGUAAGAUAUUCUUUAGUCUCAGAUAGGUGAAUAGUUCCCUGGGUGGAAUAUGAAAAUCCCUGACCAAGUCAGGGAAUGGUUUGAUACCUUCUUGGGUCAACAAGGAACGUACCCCAGAGAUCCCCCGGCUAAGCCAGUUUCCUAGCUGCAGGCUCGACGUAUGGGCAGUCAAGGCCUGAAGUGGUGCUUCAAGGAGUAGGUCAUUCUCCUUGAGGAAUCGAGGGGUAGUUUGCCUCCAAGUCUGGAGCAAUGUCCCCGUGGUUGGUAACAGGUUUUUGGGUUGUAAGAGUACAUGUGUUCUUAAAUUGCUAUGUGUGUCAAAAAAAACCAAAAACAAUUAUUAUUAUUAUUAUUAUUAUUAUUAUUUUAAAAUUUGGCAUAGAUUGGUGGUAAAAUGGUUGCAUGAAAAGACUCAAAAUACCCCAAGUUUAAAACCUUAGGUUGUCUUCUUUUAAAAAAUAUAUACAUGUGAAGGGUUAUUCAGGGAUUCCUGACCGAUAUCAGUGUUACAAUGUAACUUGCGUUCAUUUUGGGGAAAAAAUGGAAAUAGCAAAAAACACACAUGUUAACAUUGGGCAUUUCUAAACUAUAUGAUAUGAUGAAAAUAAUUGGUAUCUUUAGAAAGACCAUUUAUUGGCGAGAAAAACUGUAUAUUAUAUGUGUGGGCACAGUAAAUGAGUAAGAAUUUAAACUUCGUGAAUAUCUGGAAAUGCCUCUAGUGGCUCUCUGCUAAAAAAAAAAAAAAAAACAUUGCAGAUUCUCUAAAACACAGGAACGGGAAAGUGCAGCCAGAUCACUUCAAUGAGAUGAAGCACCCUGUGUUCCUAUAGUGUCACUUUAAUUUUCCACAGCACUUGUUAUAACCAAAUUAUUUUCUACUUUUAUUUAUUGGCAUUUCAGAUAUAGCCGUGAUUACAUUGUGGAAGGAGAACCGUAUGCUGGUUACGAUCGGCAUAAUGCAGAGGUGGCCGCCUUUCACCUAGACAGGUAAAUAUUCUAAAUGUUCCCUUUCUGGAUCAGGUAUGAACAGAUUACAAGCGUGCUAAGAAACCUCUCAUAUUUCAGGAUCCUUGGUUUCCGACGGGCCCCACUUGUUGUUGGAAGGUUCGUGAAUCUCAUUACUGAGAUUAAGCCUGUAGCUACUGAGCAGCUUCUGAGCACCUUUCUAAAGCAAGGUGAGUACUGCUAAUAAUGCCUUCAGGGUCUUUACAAAGUAAGGUAUUUCUUUUUCUCACACGUACUAAAUAUAAACAUUUUAUUUUUGCUUUUGUAGUAACAUUUUGCAUACUUUCUAAAGCUUCUCCUAUCCCUAUAAAAUGUAUAAAGAGAGCAUAUGGAUAAUAAAAAUUGUGCAGAUUUACACAAUUUAAAUUUUUAAGCUUGUCAUAAAAUAAAUCUAUACAAAAAUUACUGUUUUAUUGUAUGCUAAUGCGCUCUCUGUGCAUCCCAUGUUUCAAACAUAAAGUGCUUGGUAGUGAAGGGGUUAAUACUGGGAGAGAACAUGUGGUCUGCACCUGCACUGCAGGUCAGUGUGAAUGUUCCUUCCAGUCCAGUGCUCCUCGUUGACUUGGUGUUGGCAGAGUAACCCGUAGGCAGCACUUUGAGUAAGACAGACGAGGCAGACCAAUGAGAAAGUGCGGAUUGUGAUCUGCACCAGUCCAAGGUGCAGACUACAAGCUUCCUCCAAGCAUUAAGGGGCACAAAUCUGGUAAAGAACAUGGUUUGACCACCCUUUUGGCCUAUGCCACAGCAGGGUUCUCUGAGCCAGUGCUCUAGGCAAAUAUGGUGACACAGGCCCUGCUUUUUACUCCUCAUUCCGACUGGCUUAUUCACUACUCUACAAAUUGUCAGAUUAUGACCGGGGAAGCUAGCCAAAGUAAACAAAUUCUUUAUAUUUUUGUUAUUUUGGCUUAAAUCUUGUUUUCCUGGUUAAUUGCUGCUACUAGCAGUGUAACUUGACUGUUGACUGAUUUAUGCUACACUAAACAGGAAGGCAGUCCACUUUCUGCUACUAGGAUUGCAUUAUCCAUAACAAAUGUCACAGCCUCAAUCUAUACACAACACUGAAACCCAUAUAAGAAACCACAAACUAUUUCUUUACCAAAAUCAAGCGUCAUAUUGAUUUAUUUUGGAAAAAACAUAACAGACCUACUUUAAAGGUCCACUCUACACCCAGCUUGGUGAGGAGUAUCCCCUGUCAAAGGCACUUUUUUAUAAAAUAAUAUUUUACAUAUAACCCCAUUGAAUGCAUGCAUAUUUUCAUUGGGGAUAUAUGUGCUACAUAGUGAUUUUUACUCUCUUGCCUAUUUGGGCAGCGGUGUUUCCUUUUAAUGAAAAAUGUGAUUGUUGCCUGAUUUUGGCCCAAUAUCUGCAUGCUUUUACCCUAGCUAUGUGAUGGGCAUAAAAAGACUUGCAGAUUGGCUUCUCUCAGUAACAACUUAUCCUAUUCCUCUGUCUUUUUUUUUUUUUUCUUUCAGGGAAUAACUCCUGCUUUUACGGGAAAUGUUACUACUGCCGGGAGACCGAGCCAGCCUGUGCUGACCGGGAAACAAUGGAAGGUUCGGUAACUCUCUGGCUGCCAGAUGUCUGGCCACUACAGAAACAUAGGCAUCCAUGGGGAAGGACAUAUCGUGAGGGAAAGCUAGCAAGGUAACCUACUCAUAAGUUCACCUAUCUCCUACUCCCAGUCACCUACUACACACUUCUUCUUAAACAGCACCUCUGUCAAACAGCACUACAGAUACCACAAACUGUUCUGCCGUUUCCCUCAGGUGGGAAUAUGACGAAAGUUACUGUGAUGCUGUGAAAAAGACUUCCCCCUAUGAUUCAGGACCACGGCUUCUGGAUAUCAUUGACACUGCCAUCUUUGACUACCUUAUUGGUAAUGCAGAUCGACAUCACUACGAGAGCUUCCAGGAUGAUGAGGGAGCCAGCAUGCUCAUACUGCUGGACAAUGCCAAAAGGUUAGAGCAAGGUUUUUGUGUGUGUGUCUGUCUCUCUCUCUCUCUCUCUCUCUCUCUCUGAUAUUUUGGGAAAAACUUAUAAUUAUUCACUGUUCAUAUCAAAUGAUAACCAUUUUUUUAAUGUCCUAAUUUAAAUUGUAAAUAAAGUGAAAAUUCAAAACUUUGUAACUGAAAAUAAAUUUAUGAAGAAUGUUAGUUCUUACCUUCCUCAAAGUAGAAAAAUAGAGGUAGAAAGAUAAGAAUAUGUAAUAUUCUCAGAGAGACUCAAGAUGGGGGUCAAAUGCAAAUUGAUGUAACUCUGUUUGUGUGUAAGGAAGACAUUGGGUAGUUGUUUUGUUUAGGAGUACCCCAUUGUGUAUGUGUGAUGCCAUGAGUUGCUGUUGGUGUCUAAUACUUUCCUUCUAGUUGGUUUAAAAAAUUACUAGAUCUUAAAAAAAAAAAAAAAUUGGAGAUGGGAAGUUGAAGCUAAAAAAUAAAAAUCUUUCUGCAAAGUUAUUGUGCUGAGAGUACCCUGCAGACAUUCUCAAAAGUGAGAGUGGCUUAUAACUGCAGCGAUUUGUAAAAAGCUCUUCAGAGUUGUGUUCUAGGCAUCUGUAACCCUCAUUUUGUCAAACUUGUUUGGUUGAUCUGGACCGAGCUCUCUUUCCACCCUGAGAGAGAGCUGAGCCUCGGAAUACCACUGCCCAUAGCAGCACACAGCUUGGUUUACUCUUUAAUGUGUAAACUGAUAGCCUUGACAGUAUGGGUGCUGCCGUUUAAAGAGCAUUUCAUCCUUUGUGACGAGGACUGCUUGUCCCAUAAUGCUGAAUAGAAGUUAAUGGGAUGAUAACAGACUGUAAUGACCAGAAUAAAAAAUUUCCUGGUGAGGGAGGGUUCUGUCUGCUGCUCACAUUUGCUUUCAUCACACAUCUGUUAAGUUUUGCUUUUGUAACGGUUAUUUUCUUCUUUCAGUUUCGGGAAUCCAUCUUUGGAUGAGCGCAGUAUUUUGGCCCCUCUGUACCAGUGCUGCAUGUAAGAUCAGACACAUUAAUUAAUUUAAAAUCCUAUAUUUUCCAUAUAUUCUGUUUGCUGACUAUAUUUUUUUUGUUGUUGUUGUUGUGUUCCUAACAAUCUCUUCUUCUGCUUGCAGUAUUCGUGUUUCCACCUGGAACCGACUCACUCACUUGAAACAUGGCUCCUUGCGAUCAGCACUACUCUCCGCUACUGCUCAUGAUCCUAUUUAUCCUGUCCUGUCUGAAGCUCAUCUAGAAGCCCUAGAACGCCGGCUACAGGGAAUUCUGGGAACUGUUCAGCAAUGCAUAGACCAGUUUGGCAAUGAUGUGGUUAUGGUGGAGGACAGGAUGACCCUUUCCCAUUUGUAAUACUGUCCAUUUGAAACUACAAUGAUUGGUUGAAAACAAGACACCAUCAUUGGUGUUUGGUUAUUUUUGUUUUGUUUUUACAAGCCACCACACAAAUCAAUGUGUAAACAGCACAGAGCACCCUACAGUUCCUAAACCUUAGACCCUACCGACUGCAACCCUGGAAUAACAUGUGUCUCACAGGAAAGCUGUUGGACUCCGAAGACUUCUCUUGCAGCCGCUGUCCGGUCUGAAUUGCAUGAACCUGCACAAUGAUGAUAUCUAAUGAACAAGGCAGAUUUGACAAGCCAUUGAUGGAGCACAGUUUGUUGAAAUUUGUUGGCUAAGACGGUCUUCUUCUUUUUAAGGAUCUCCUCUUUUUACUAUGCGGGUGUUGGUUUACAACCAUAAAGUUAGCUAAAUGUCCAGUAGGUGGCACUGGCCAACUUGAACAGCACUUUGUGGUACGUGUUAAGAGCUUUUUUCAUUUUUAAUGGGUUCAGUACCUCAGUGACCUUGGCUAGUUCUGAUAAAUUAUUAGACCUCUAAUUUAUGAACUAAUCUAAAACAAAAACAAAAAAAUGGCAUUAAGGGAUUUAUUUGGGCCAUUGUUUCCCCCCUUGUCAUCCAUCAGUGGAAUCUCUAGAGCAUUACACUAUGAACCCUCUCAGUGCCUGGGAGCUCUGGGACAAUUCGAUGCACUCCCUCCUGCCUCUCGUGUUUUAUAUCUCUUUGCCAGUGUGCAAAUCAUGUGUUCCUUUUGGCCACAUGCACAUUGACUUUUGUUUUAUGGUUACAAUCAUUUUGUCUCGUCACAUGUUGAUUAGUCCUUUUGCUUCUUCAAUAUGGACAAUGGAGCAACGUAAAAAGCCAGACACAGAGCAAACCAUUCAACAGAAAUCUUUCAAAAAUCCAUGUCGACUUUUUAACUUAAUUUUAAAAAUGUUUUGCUUUGUUUCCAAGGCUGCAUUAAUGUGUAAUAAUGCCAACCUGUCAGAUGUGAAGUUAAUGAUUGUCUCAAGAUUUAUUUUUUAAUUUCCUUGCGAACCUAGUUUAUUCACUAGGUUAUCAUAGUGGAUUGAAAACUAAAUUGCAAAAUGUAGUCCGAAAUUGCUGACGUGCAAAAAUUAUCCACACCAACGCCAGUCACAGUUUGGCUAUGUUAGCCUGCAUAUUUCAGUUUACUUUUCAAUUCACUGUUUAGUGCAUACGUCACAGUUUUUGUUUUGUAUUUUUCCCCAUUUUAAUUACCAUCUUUAAAGGGACACUCCAACACCUGGAGAGGUUUAUGUGAGUUUACCUUGGCUAACAUGCAAGCUGGAAAGGGUCCAGUUGAUGCAGAAAAUUGACUUAGAUUUUCAGGAAAGCUUGCUAAAAGCAUUAGAAAUUCCCAGGUACAUUUGCAGUAACUCCAUGAGCAUGUGUACUGGUCCGUGCACAUGCUCAUUGUUCUAGUGCUCUUGUCUAAAAGCUUUCUACUUUAAAAUGUAUGUCAGCGAUAUCAUGAACAUUGCAUGCAUGUGAGCUCUCCGUCCUGCUCCCAUUAAAUUGUAUGGAAGACACAGAUUACAUGAAAAGCCUGUCAGACACUUCCUUAUUGCUACAGUAUGAGAAUAGAACAUUCAAAGCGGAAUUGUGAAAAUUAUAGUAUUUUUGUUUUGCUAAUGCAUUGAAAUUUUUUAUUAAUCACCCUUAAUAAUUUCUUGUGUUUUUAUAUGAUGUAAGGGAUUGCUUUGCAUACUGUAGAUCUGUCGUCCAUGUUAGUGCUCAGCCUUUUAUUUAUUUAUUUUUAUUUUGGGGAUACUUUAAGUGCCAGGAAUACAAAGCUUUGUAUUCCUGGCACUAUAGCUCCCUCUACCUCCCACCCUCCCUGGCGGCCCCCUGUCCCCCCCACUCUGGUAAAUAAAGGGUUAAAAAAACUUUAUUUACUUAUUACCUUUCCCAGCACUGAUGUUCCUUGGGGGCUAAUGCGCAAAUUCCACACACGCAUUAGACCUCCCCAUAGUAAAAGCAUUGAUUCACUGGUUUCCUAUGGGGACAAAAUCUGAGGCUGAAUGUCCUCAUGCAGAGCGUGAGGACAUCCAGCGUCCGUUACCGGCCAAAGGUCUGUUUGGAUGCAGGAAGCGCCUCCAGUGGCUGUCUGGUAGACAGCCACUGGAGCCAGACUUAAUGUUUCUCUGGAACUGUAAUGUUUAACAUUGCAAAACUAAGUGCACUAGGGACAUUGCACCCAGAACACUUCAAUGAGCUGAAGUGGUCUGGGUGCCUAUAGUGUCCCUAUUUAAUUUGUUUUUAUACAUACAAUUGUAUGAUCACAUAGUUAGUAGUAACUGAAAAUGUAUUGAUUACAAUUCAUUCUUACAUGUAGCUUCUUAGCUGGUGCAGGAAAUGUAAUAUCCUUAUAACCCACCCCCAUCCACAGAAGGAAAAAAAAAGGGAAAUUGGGAAAUGAUGUCCAGGAAAAUACAAGUUGGUUUGUAAAAUAAUUUACAAAUAAUUAUUUUUAAAUUGUAAAAUUACUUCUGGAAUAAUACUACUGCAUUUAACUUUUUUAACAGAGCAUAAAAAAAAUCUACCUGUACAGUGUGCAAGCAGAUUUGCUGGCAAAUGAAUAGGUCUUUUUAUUUUUUUACAACUGUCAAUCAGUUUUUAGCAUAGACCCGUGUCAACAGGGAGAGCAGGAGAGACCAUUAACAGGCAGCUCUUCUGCUUCCUCAACAUAGCAACCACAGACUAACUCCCUCUGUGGGUAGACCAAAGGUGGGUAUUACAGAUAAACUGUAAGUAAACUGGAAUUAAUAAUGAAGACAACACUAUAAAUCACAUUUUUUUGAUACAAAGCUCCAGGAUUUGUAAUUUCUACAGUGAGCUUCGACCAAACCAAGACGUUGCUCAUAAAGCCCACACGUAGCUCUCAGUGAGCAUGUUGAGUAAAUAAAUGUGAUUUGUAGUUCAGCAGUCACGUUUCUACAGAAAGCUACAAAACCUUCAGAAAAAGCCACAAAAUAUAUACAGCGUUUAGUUGAAAAUUGAAUGCUGCGAACUGAAACCUCACAGGAUGAUACAGCUUUACAUGAUGUCAUUGGACAAAAGGGCAAAUAGUGGAGGUAAAAACCUAAUAUAUAAAUAUAAAUGCUACAAUCGGUAUAAUUUACUGCAUUUUGACUACUAUUGCACAUAAAUUGUGGGUGCCCAGAGUGUCCCAUAAAAGAAGUCAUGGCUAUCUUUAGCUCUACAGAUGUUUGUCAGCUCAGUUUGCCACGUUGCUCGGCCAACUUCAAAGAUCUGCAGUGCCAAAGGUAAUCAUCUGUCUUUUGAUUAACCCUUUUUUGGGAGGCUGUUUUAAUCCCUCUCAAAAUACUUAAAGGGACAUUUUGGAACUAUGAAUCUCAAUGAAGUCAAUUUUAGUUUCUGGCGGUCCUAGGUACUGUCUUACUUUAAGCAGUUACAUUCUACAAAUUGUUUAACCCCAAAGUAUUUUAGGCAGUGCCCGUCUUUUAGGCCCUUCUGCCUCCUCCUCCAGCCCCACCUUCAAUGCAGAAACCUUUCAGUAGGGCAUCUGCGAUCGCAUGAGAAUAUCAGCUUAAGGUAACAUGGUGCCUAAUGCCUAGUACCUCCAGAUACCAUAAUGACUUUCAUGAGAUGACGUUUUUAUGGUGAUCUUAGCGGCCCUUUACGUACAUUUGGUCUAAGCAUAUGGUAAUGGAUAUUUAGGAGGCUGAGUUGCAAGGUUGUGUCUUAUUCUAUUACAUACAGGUACUCCUCGCUUAACGACUGCUUGGAUAUAUGACCAGCUUUAUGGUGCAGGGAAUCCCCAAAUCUGAGUCGCGGGAAUUCCCAGAACAUAGAUUCGAGGGAUUCCCCGCGUUAGUGAGCUAGUCAAUGUUCAAGGGAAUUCCCCGAACAUAGACCUGCUCACUAGCUCAUGCAAGACCUCGUUGUUGCACCGGUCAGAGGGAUCCUUGUUUAACGACCUAGUCAUAGGAACAGAACUCUGUCAGUAAGUGAGGCGUGCCUGUAUUCCAGAGGAAUACUCGAAGUAUGUAGAGAGAUGUAGCAUUACACUACUCCUUACAAAAUGCUUUUGUCAUCAUCCACUAGAGGGCACCAAAUCUCAAUCUUCUAUGUACAUGUGGAUAUCACGGCUAAAAAAAAAAGGUUUGUCCCGUGAUAGGAUGUUUUAACUUUGCUCUGUGUCUGUGCUGGCAGCAUCCAUCACAGGGGCAGUUUACUCACUAAAUACUGAAUUGUGGUGACCCAAGAUCUGAAUUUGUUGAAUUUAGGCUAACAUAGCCAAAUGGAAAUAUAGCUGAAGUAGAGCAUUUUUCUUACCUUGGCUAUUUUGCCAAUUUAUAUGAUUCCUUACAAUGUACGGUUUUAGGAAAUAAACCCCAAAGUGUCCCAUGUGCAGAACAUGGCACAGCUAACUCAGUGGAUUAUAUUUUAUUGUGAAAAAGCUGCUAGAAUUGAUGUGGAAAUGUUUGGUAUAAGGGAAUUUCAUCCUUGCUGAGGUGUUCUGGGGUAAUUCAUUGCUAUGUAAAAAUAAAGAACAAAGCUUUUAAGAAAACAAUAAUUAAAAAAAAAAAGUAUAAAACUGAAAA